AGUGGAGACUGGACUCCAGUUCAGAAUGGCGAAAGUCAAUCCGCUGUCCAACCCGAAAGCGGUGAAACUUCUGUGCGAGUUAUGUCACAGCCCUGCUUAUGUUCAAUGUACCGGCUGCAAAGUCACCUAUUAUUGUGAUGCAGAUCACCAGCAAGCUGACUGGACCAGUAUCCAUGAAAAGAUUUGUCAGUUACUCAUUCCUGUGCGCAAGUCACUGCCGUUCUUUAACUCUUCAGAAGAAAGGACUCAUUGCAUGGAACAGUUACUACAGAGAAAGAAACAUUUAAUUGACUUUACCACCAAGGAAGCCCAGAAACUCCUGUAUGAAGGAAAGCAUGAACAUGUCAUUCCUGCGGCAAUGCAUUCCCUUUCUUUCAGUAUUGAUGUGUACGGCCUAAAUUGUGUUGAAUUAGUGCCUGUGUACCUCAUCUUAGCAGAAGCUAACAUUGGCCUUGGACAUCUGUCUCAAGCAGAAGAAUAUCUUUCUCAGGCUUACUGGACUGUGCUGAAAGCCCCAAGUUGUAGCAAUACUACCCGUUCCAAACUGCAUCGCAAUCUGGGCUUGCUAUAUUGUGCAAAGGGGGAAUUUGAGGAAUCACUGCGUCAUCUUGCUAACGAUGUUUACUUUGCAAGCUUGGCAUGUGGAACACAUGAUAUCAGUACUGUCGGAGGAUAUUUCCAUAUGGGUAAUAUUUUUUUUCGCCAGAACAAAAUGGACAUUGCAGAUUCUUUGUAUAGUGAGGUAACAGAUAUAUGGCACACUUUCCUAAGCAGAUUAGUUGAUGUCCACAUAAAAGCUUCAACAAGAAGUGGCCCUGUAUGGUUUGAUGACAGCGAUCAAGAAACUUUAGAUGAAAACCAAGAGACAGAAGCUCUUCAGAUCCUAAAUUCCAUUUGUGAUAUAAGAGACCAAGCUACAAAAAAGGAUCCAGUGAAAAUAAUGAAGAUACUACACUCUCUCACUAUGCUUUUCUUCCUGACUAUGGAAUACCAAAAGGCUUAUGAUUUUGGAAAGAAACUGCUGCUAUCAACUCAACAUCUCUCAGAGGAGGAUAUACCAGAUAGUAUUGGAGUGUUAAUGAAGUUACUUGAAUCUAAACUUCCAGCUGAACAGGUCUCAAACUCAUGAUACAGUACAUGGAAAGCGAGCAACUAGCGGCGCUAUACAGGAUGCAAAACUUUUAUUCUAAAACGUUUUAAAAUGUAUUCAAACAUAAACCAUUAAUAGUGUCAAAUGGACAAUUAUGUCAGAAUAUUUCUUUAUUCUAUCUUAAUACAGAUAUAUUUUAAUUGUUAUUAAAGUCAGUGUAUAACUCUUAAA